AUGUUAGUAAUAUUAAUGAAUAGAGAUUUUUACGAUUUAAAUUUCUGUUGGUUUCUUUUAAGGGCAUCGUCAUAUGAAAAUCCACCCCGUGCAACACAAUAUCAAUCAACAAAACGGUUUGAUAAUCUUCAAGCUGAUGUGAAUCAGGUCGUUGAUGUUAUGAAAGAUAAUCUUGAUAAAGUAUUGGAACGUGAUGCCAAAUUAAGUACACUUGAAAAUCGUGCAGAAAUUUUGGAAACAGGUGCAUCACAAUUUACAACAAAUGCUAGUAAAUUAAAACGUAAAUAUUGGUGGAAGAAUGUCAAAAUGUGGAUCAUUUUGAUUAUUGUUAUUAUCGUUUUAAUCAUUGUUAUUGUUGUUGCUAUUACUCAAUCGGUUAAAAGCAAUAAAAACGGAAAAUAA